CGUACUGCGUUCGCCGAGGGGGAGGGCGGAGCUGCCGGCGGCCCGGGCGGGCUGGCAGCGAGAGUGGGUGCGAGAGCCGCCUCCGCCUCUGCCGCCUCCGCCGUCGCCUCCUCCGCCCGGGCCGUUCGCUGCUGCGCGGGGAGAGCGAGGCGGGGCCGCCGGGGCCGCCAUGGAGCCCGACUCGGUGAUUGAGGACAAGACCAUCGAGCUCAUGUGUUCUGUGCCAAGGUCUUUGUGGCUAGGCUGCGCCAACCUGGUAGAGAGCAUGUGCGCACUGAGUUGCCUGCAGAGCAUGCCCAGUGUCAGAUGUCUCCAGAACACUUCAGUUAUGGAGGAUCAAAAUGAAGAUGAGUCCCCAAAGAAAAGUACUCUUUGGCAGAUAAGUAAUGGAACAUCAUCAGUGAUCGUCUCCAGAAAGAGGCCAUCAGAAGGAAACUAUCAAAAAGAAAAAGACUUGUGUAUUAAAUAUUUUGACCAGUGGUCUGAAUCAGAUCAAGUGGAGUUUGUGGAACACCUUAUUUCACGAAUGUGUCAUUACCAGCAUGGACAUAUUAACUCUUACCUGAAGCCCAUGUUGCAGCGGGACUUUAUUACCGCUUUACCAGAGCAAGGCUUAGAUCACAUAGCAGAAAACAUUCUUUCCUACCUGGACGCCAGGUCUCUGUGUGCAGCAGAGCUGGUGUGUAAAGAAUGGCAGCGAGUGAUCUCUGAAGGAAUGCUUUGGAAGAAGCUGAUUGAACGAAUGGUGCGCACUGAUCCUCUGUGGAAGGGACUUUCAGAAAGAAGAGGGUGGGAUCAGUACCUGUUUAAAAACAGACCAACAGAUGGCCCUCCCAAUUCAUUUUAUAGGUCAUUAUACCCAAAGAUUAUCCAGGAUAUAGAGACCAUAGAGUCUAACUGGCGGUGCGGGAGGCACAACCUGCAGCGGAUCCAGUGCCGCUCUGAGAACAGCAAGGGCGUCUACUGCUUGCAGUACGACGACGAGAAGAUCAUCAGCGGCCUGCGGGACAACUCCAUCAAGAUCUGGGAUAAAGCCAGCUUGGAGUGUUUGAAAGUGUUAACGGGCCACACCGGCUCUGUCCUCUGUCUCCAGUAUGAUGAGCGUGUCAUUGUGACCGGCUCUUCAGACUCCACAGUGAGAGUCUGGGAUGUGAACACAGGUGAAGUUCUGAACACGCUGAUCCACCACAACGAGGCUGUGCUCCACCUGCGCUUCAGCAACGGGCUGAUGGUGACCUGCUCCAAGGACCGCUCCAUCGCCGUGUGGGACAUGGCCUCUGCCACCGACAUCACUCUGCGCCGCGUCCUCGUCGGCCACCGGGCCGCUGUCAACGUGGUGGACUUUGACGAUAAGUACAUAGUGUCUGCCUCUGGUGACAGGACCAUCAAAGUCUGGAGCACGAGCACCUGUGAAUUCGUUCGCACUCUGAAUGGGCACAAGCGAGGCAUCGCCUGCCUCCAGUACAGGGAUCGGCUGGUUGUUAGCGGGUCGUCAGACAACACCAUAAGGCUGUGGGAUAUUGAAUGUGGCGCCUGUUUAAGAGUCCUCGAGGGACAUGAAGAAUUGGUCCGAUGCAUCCGGUUUGAUAACAAGAGGAUUGUCAGUGGGGCCUAUGAUGGGAAAAUCAAAGUUUGGGACUUGCAAGCUGCUCUCGACCCCCGAGCCCCAGCAAGCACGUUGUGUCUGCGCACAUUGGUGGAACAUUCUGGACGUGUGUUUCGGCUACAGUUUGAUGAAUUUCAGAUCAUCAGCAGCUCGCACGAUGACACGAUUUUGAUUUGGGAUUUCUUAAAUGUGCCUCCCAGUGCCCAGAAUGAGACCCGUUCUCCCUCCAGAACAUACACUUACAUCUCCAGAUAACAGUCUGCACUUUACCCAUUUCAGGUUAUCCGUUAAUAGAGGAUGAGAGGCCUUCCUUGGGUGUGUUCUUGGAACUGAUGAUCAUGUUCAUCUGGUGCAGUAAUCCCAGCUGAGAAUUCUACAAGGAGGCCUGUGCAUUCUGUGCACACUAAACUUUGUAGAUUGAAGAAAUACUGUUGUGCAUAUUGUACUACCACAUAUGUAAAGACUGUUAAUAAAAUUCAUAUUUAUGUACAUUACUUAGUGCUUAGUAGCUUUUCAUCAUUGUAUAUUUUCCUAUUAAUUGAAUAUUAGAAAUGUAAAGAAAGUCCCUGUGUAGAAUUGUGACAUUUGUUGGUGAAAAGAUACGGAAUCACUGGUUUAUAGAUCACUAAGUUGACAUCUUUUCAAAUGCUCCUUAUUUCUGCUCCAGGAAGUUUAACUUAUUCAAGGGUCAACAAACUACAGCAGGCCAGAUUUGACCCUCUGCCCAAUCUUCUCUAUCCUUACCACAGCAGUUUAAGAGUAGUGUUUUGAAACAGUAUUAUUUUAAGACAUGUGAAAAUUAUAUAAAAUUCAAAUUCCAGUGCCCAUAAAUAGUUUUAUUGGAAACAGUCAUGUCUGUGUCUGUGCAUCUAGCUCUUACCUUCUGUCCGCUAUACGCUCUCCCACCCGAGCCACUGCUGUUGUCUAUGGAGUUUUUUGUGCUUCAGCGGCAGAGUUGAGUAGUAGUUGCAGCAGAGACCAUGUGGCUGACAGCGUCUAAAAUCUGUACACACUCUGACCCUUUAAGAAAAGUGUGCUGACCUCUGGUCUUGCCCCGUUCCAUCUAUUAGUGAUAGGCCGAGGGUCUGCAUCAGGAAUGGCCAGUGUUUUUUUUCAUGCCAGCUCAGUUUGAGCAGCGGUGCCUGGCUGGAGUACUGCCGGUCAGUGGGAAGGAUAACGGGACCCCGUGUGGGCCCAGGAGGACUCAGCGCCACCACGGGUUGGCCGCGCCUCCUUGUUUCUAGGAGCUGAGCUGCAGUAGUGACCCUUCAGUCCCAUACAUCAUUGCUGUUCCUGGUCUCAAGUGUGUUCAUGCUGUCUCUUGUGAUGAUGGCCGCCUCCCUCGCUGCUUUCUGUCUGGGUAGAUUCUUUACAAGUCAGUUGAGAAAUUCACAUGCCACACUUUUUACGUUUAUUAAAUUAUAGGAAAUUACAGAGGAAGAAGGCAAGGAUCUCUUGAAUGCUUGCUCAUCCCUGCCUCAGCCUUCCUUCCCCCAAAGUCAAAGAAAUACAUGAGGAAGGAGGAAUGGACCCAAAUGAAAACUGGUUUCCUCCUUCCUUCCUGGGCUUUUCUUCUCCCUCUUCAGCCCACCCUUGAUCCUGCUACCAACUGUGGUUGUCUUGGCCCUGCCCCUGCCCUUCACUAGCUCACUGUUGUCUCCAGGAACAAGGCUGAGCCAGGACGAGCUACCAGGACUUUGACCCUCUAGCCCUCACCAUCUGUCCUCUGUACCCUCCUCCACCCCAGCCUCUCAUUCUUCCCUCCCCAAAACCCAGUGCUCCAACCAGAUUGAAUUCUGUUCAUUUCCCUCUUUAUUCCUCAGACCUCUGGCCCCUUGCUCCCCUUGCUCGCGUUGUCAGGGCUUUGUAGAGACCAGCGCCCCCCUUCUCCCUUUGCCUGAUCUGACCUGGUUUAUUCUUUGGUGUUGAAAUGGUGUGCAGGCCUGUCUCUUACAAGACUGUGGCGCUCCUUCUGUUCUGGAGCCCCAGGGUCUAACAGGGCGCACGGUGAGCACAAGCGCAAGUGACUCCUGGGGCCAGCAUGACAUCUCUGUGCUCUCUCUCCUCAGCCAACCAGAAUCUGACCAUAAAUAAGUAAGUGUGCCUAAGAAACUGCAGUGUAUUCAUACAGGGACCUUCCGCAAACACAAAGGAAAUAACUCAGAAGACACUGGAAUAAAUUGUCCAAAGUAGCAUAGUCAAAGUACUAGAUAUAUUCUUCAUAUACACGGGUACCUAGAUGUACACAUCUCCCUCUGCCCUUUCCCUUUCCCUUUGCUAAGCUCCAUUUUUGUUUUUGAAUCAAUUUUAUUGAGGUGUGGUUUUUAUAAAACAGAUUGUACCCACUUAAAGUAUACUGUGUGACAAAUUUACACACCCCUGCAGCUUCCUCCACAAUCCAGAUAAGAACAUUUCUACCACCCCCAGAAGUUCCCUUGUGUCCUCCAGUCAGAACGUGAUCCCACUGUAGCCUUAGCAAACACUGACCUUUCUUUCACUAGAUCCAUUUCGGUUUUCUACAGUUGCACCGUCCACUUUGGUAGUCAUGAGCCAUAUGUAGCUAUUAAGCUUGUGAAAUGUGUCCAGUUUGAUUUAGGAACUGAGUUUUUAAUUACAUUUAAAUUGAAUUGGAGUUUUAAUUAUAUUUAAUUAUACUUCAUUUUAAACUUAAAACAGCUAUACAUGUAGCUAGUGACUUCCGUGUUUGGACCAGCAUCAUUGUAAGAGCUUAGCCUUUACAUUUAGGUCUUUGAUCUAUUUAGAGUUAAUUUUUGUAUAUAGUGUGAGGUAAGAAUAUCAUUGUUCUUGUUUUGUUUACAGCCAUCCCAACUCUAUUGGAUUAAGAGACUAUCCUCUUCCCAUUGAAUUGCUUUAGUACUCUGUCAAAAAAUCAAUUCCCCACUUGUUUGUAGUUGUUUUUCUGGCCUCUAUUCUGUUCUAUGAUCUAUGGCUAUCCUUUUGCCAAUACCACACUGUAUAAUAAGUCAACUUUAAAAACAUUGUUUUGAUUCUUUUAGGUCCUUUUGGUUUUCAUACUCAUUUUUGAAUGAAAUAGUCAAAUUCUAUGAAGAUUAUGGGAUUAUGAUCAGAACCGCGUUGAGUCUAAAGAUCAUUUGGGGAGAACUUCCAUCUUUAAAAAAUGUUGAGUCUUCUAAUCCGUAAACCCGGUUUAUCUCUUGAUGAUUUAAAUCUUCUUCGGUUUCUCUUAAGCAGUGUCUUGGCGGUUUUUAGUGUCGAAGUGUUUCACAUCUUUUGUUAAGUUGAUUCCAUUUUGAACUUCCAUUCUAAGCUAUCCAUUUCUCUCUCUGCAUUGCUUUUGUUGUAUCCCAAUGCCUCUGCUUUUAUUUUUCCUAUAUUGGAGAUACGCGUAAAACAGAACAUGGACAACUCCAACUGUGACCGACCUGAAAUGGAUGGGAUCAGAGGAGUAGGUGUAUCAUACAGCAACUUAAAUGUAUCUCUUUGGUAGUUUUGAAAUGUGCCACUCUACUAGAGAAGCACAUGAUAAAACCUAAGACGUCUAUAGUGUGUUUUCAACCCCCUCUGGUGUAUUGGAUAGAUGAAUUAUAGAACAAUAGUAAACUUUCACAAAUUGGACAACUUUUAUAGACUCUGUGAAACUGCCCUGAAACAUGGUUCCUUUGAUUGAGAGAUGAAAUAAUGAUCACCAGGGCUAUCUCUCUCAUUGGCUCUGGUGGAAAGAAAACUGGUGUUACUUCUUCCAGUCCCUGCUCUCACCCCCUUUUUGGGAGCCUAAGAACAACUGCGUUGUUGUGAUCCACAGUUACAAAUCAGUGGAAAAAUCUUAUCUGCUUUUUAAGCAGCACAAGCAUUGAAACCUCAAAUGUGUUUGUCUCUUCAAAGUGAACUACUUUUGACAACUUUGGCAGUCAACUUUAUAAAUUUUAUUGCUCUUUUCCAAGUUCUUUUCAUUUAUUGUAACAAGAAAAAAUUAUUACCAUGUGAUACUGUAUGAUUUAUGCAUAAUAAGAAGCACUACCAUAAUGAUGAUUUAACCUUGCAGUAAGAUAUUUACCCCUAAAAUUUAAGGUAAGAGUAUUUCUCUGUCAGUAAAUUAAGCAGUAGAUUUAUUUGCUGAGUCAUUUUUUAAAAAAUUACUGACUUCUAAGAGCUAUAUGUAUGCAGUAGCUCUCUUUUUUAUUAGAAGACAAUAUGAGAUCAUUAUUUGAAAAUUAGUAAAAGUCGGUAAGCCAAAAGAAGAGAAUAAAUUCUUUGGUUUGCUAUUAUUAACUCCUUUGUAUGUAGCCUUUCAGGCUUUUAAAAAUUGUGGUUGAUAACUGUGCUUCUCCCCCCUCCCCGCCCCCUUAUUGUGAAAUUAUUGCCUGUUAGCAAGGUCAGUGUUUAUCUAAAUUAUUGUUCCUAAUGG